AUGGCAUGCCACCUCUCCUACCGCUGCGCAGGGAACCGCUUCCCGCGGGGGACCAAGGUGUCACCCAGCAACGCGUCGGUCCCGGGAAACCGCUGGGCAGAGGCUAAAACCAGCGAGAGGAGUGCGGCUGGGGAGACGCCGCAGCUUUGCCCGUGGCGGAGGUGUGAUCGCUGCUGCAAGGCCAACGACGAGAACCCGUCCCGGAACCGUCCCCCAACCCCCACCCCCCCUGCCGCUGCGCCGGAGCCGGCUGUCGCAGGAGCGGCCGAGGGCAGCGCGCGUAGGACGGAGUUUGAGUGGUUCGUACAGAGACUGAAGCAAGGCGUGAGGGCGAAGGGAGACCCUCCCGCUGGGUCACCGGGCUCGGAACGGACCCCCUCGCUGUCCAACCCCCUCCUCAGCAAGGAGCCCGCCUGCCGCUGCAUCCAGACCUGGCCUCACACCGCAGUGGUUCAUGCCGAAAGGAUGCAUGGAGCAGCAGUCGAAGGCUUGCAUCAGAUUGCGCAGAACAAGGUGGCAGUGCUGCUGCUGGCUGGAGGACAAGGAACGCGCCUGGGAGUGAGCUAUCCCAAGGGCAUGUACAACGUGGGGCUGCCCAGUGGCAAGACCUUGUAUCAGAUCCAAGCAGAAAGAAUCUGCAAAGUGGAGCAGCUCGCUGGCCAGAGACACCGCUGCAAGUGUGCCGUCCCCUGGUACAUCAUGACAAGCGAGUUCACGCUGGGGCCGACGGAGGAGUUCUUUGUCGAACACAACUACUUCAACCUGGAUAGAUCCAACGUGGUCAUGUUUGAACAGAGGAUGCUGCCCGCUGUCACCUUUGAUGGGAAGGCCAUCUUGGAGGAGAAGGGGAAAAUUGCUAUGGCUCCAGAUGGCAAUGGUGGCUUAUACCGCGCUUUGGUGGAUAAUAAGAUCUUGGACGACAUGAAGCGGCGUGGAAUCCAGUAUGUCCAUGUAUACUGUGUGGAUAAUAUCCUCGUGAAAAUGGCAGAUCCAGUCUUCAUAGGCUUCUGUGUUUCCGAAGGGGCAGAUUGCGGUGCCAAGGUGGUGGAGAAGGCCUACGCGACAGAGCCGGUCGGUGUGGUGUGCUGCGUGGACGGGCUCUGCCAGGUGGUGGAAUACAGCGAGAUCAGCCUGGAGACUGCGCAGCAGCAGAGCCCCGAUGGGGGACUGAUGUACAGCGCUGGCAAUAUCUGCAACCAUUUCUUCACAGUGGAGUUCCUGGAGACGGUGGCCCAGGAAUAUGAGCCACAGCUGAGGCAUCACGUAGCCAUAAAGAAGGUGCCCUACAUUGACGAGGAGGGAAAUCUGGUAAAACCACUAAAACCGAACGGGAUAAAGCUGGAGAAGUUUGUGUUUGAUGUGUUCCAGUUCUCUAAGAAUUUUGUGGCAUUUGAAGUUUUGAGGGAAGAGGAGUUCUCGCCGCUAAAAAGUGCAGACACAGCUGACAAAGACACUCCUACCACUGCUCGGCGAGCCCUCCUGGGCCAGCAUUACCGCUGGGCUCUCCAGGCCGGGGCCAGAUUUCUAGAUGAAAAUGGUUGCAGGAUCCCGGAGAAACUCAGUCAUUGGUCCUGGGAAAGCUGCUUCCGUAAAUGGAAGCAGCUGUCUCGACUACAGCGGAGCGUGAUUCUCUUCCUGUUGGCCUUCCUGGCAGUCUGUGGAGUUGUGUCAUACACCAGCCUGGGGGAACCGUGGAGAAGUCUAGCAAACAAAUCGCUGGAUGAUCAGAGAACAGAACCAGAAAUUCCUGGAUUAAAGCUGGCAAAUCCAGCCGUGCUGCCAGCACCCCAGAAAGCAGAUUCCAGUCUCGGAGACCACCCAGAGCUUUCACCGCAGAAGCUGCCAAGGCCGCCUCAUGUUCGGCGUGGUCCUUCCAAUCUGCAGAUCAAGCCACCACGGAGGGAUGUGAGGCUGAAGACCCGGCAUGAUACCAGCAAGGCUGUAGAAGAGCCGGUCCAGGCUGAUAAAGAGGAGAAAACAGAGAAAUCUGUUAUCAGCUGGAGAGGAGCAGUGAUAGAACCUGACCAAAGCACUGAACCUCCAUCUAGUAGAAUAAAGGAACCAGAAAAACCUUCAUCUGUGGAAGCAGAAGAGCAGAAAGAACCAGUGCCCAUCAAUGAGCGUCAGACGGCGGUGAUAGAAGCCUUCCACCACGCCUGGAAAGGAUACAAGGAUUUUGCCUGGGGCCAUGACGAGCUGAAGCCUUUGUCCAAGUCCUACAGCGAGUGGUUUGGGCUCGGGCUUACCUUAAUUGACGCCUUGGAUACCAUGUGGAUUUUAGGCUUAAAAGAAGAGUUUGAAGAAGCAAGAAAAUGGGUAGCAAACAAUUUAGUAUUUGAUAAAAAUGUGGAUGUGAACCUCUUUGAGAGCACUAUUCGUAUCCUGGGGGGCUUACUGAGCACCUACCACCUCUCUGGAGAUAGCCUGUUCCUGGAGAAAGCUAAGGACAUUGGGAACAGGCUUAUGCCAGCAUUCAAGACCCCCUCCAAGAUCCCAUACUCUGAUGUCAACAUUGGCCGGGGCACUGCACAUCCACCUCGCUGGACAUCCGACAGCACUGUGGCAGAGGUGACCAGUAUUCAGCUGGAGUUUAGGGAGCUCUCUCGUCUCACUGGAGAUGAGAAAUUCCAGAAAGCUGUAGAUGAGGUGAUGAAGCAUGUUCACACCCUCUCAGGGAAAAAUGACGGACUAGUGCCUAUGUUCAUAAACACCAACAGUGGGCAGUUCACUCACCUGGGUGUCUAUACGCUGGGAGCCAGAGCCGACAGCUACUACGAGUAUUUGCUCAAGCAAUGGAUUCAGGGUGGGAAAAAGGAAAAUGAACUGUUGGAAGACUACGUGAGAGCCAUAGAAGGCGUGAAAAAGCAUCUUCUUCAGAGAUCAGAGCCCAAGAAGCUGACUUUUGUAGGAGAGCUUGCUCACGGCCAUUUCAGUGCCAAGAUGGAUCACUUGGUUUGCUUUUUGCCGGGUACGUUGGCACUGGGAGCUCACAAUGGUUUGACUGCUGAUCAUAUGAAGCUGGCUGAAGCCCUGAUAGAAACCUGUUACCAGAUGUACGCUCAAGUGGAGACAGGCCUGAGUCCGGAGAUUGUACACUUCAAUCUUCAUGCACAAAAGGGCCACAAAGAUGUGGAAAUCAAGCCUGCAGACAGGCACAACUUACUGCGACCAGAAACUGUGGAAAGCCUUUUUUAUAUGUACAGAUUCACUGGUGAUAAGAAAUACCAGGACUGGGGCUGGGAAAUCUUGCAGAACUUCAAUAAAUACACACGGGUUCCUACAGGUGGUUAUACUUCCAUUAACAACGUUCAGAAUCCCAGUAAUCCAGAGCCACGGGAUAAGAUGGAGAGCUUCUUCCUUGGGGAAACGCUCAAAUACAUGUUCCUGCUGUUUUCAGACGACAUAGACUUAAUCAACCUUGACAAAUACGUCUUUAACACGGAAGCUCAUCCACUCCCGAUCUGGGCGCCAGCAUAGACUGGGUGUCAGUAGACCUUCCAAUGGUGGCAUUUUUAUCUUGAAGUCACUUUACUUUUCAGGGUUUGAGGAGAGAUGCUAUAUUGCACCUUUUUUUGGCUUAAAACAAACAAACAAAACCUUUGGGAAAGCAUCUCUGGUUUGGAGAAGUCAUGUCAGUCUUAAAUCUCCUCCCGCAUUCUGGGAUGGACAAGCCAUGUCCUACCAAGCUGGUUUUCCUGGUAUUGAUGAUGAGGUUCAGAGAACAAUUGUAGUGUGGACCACGAC